AUGGACGAAUGGGACACUACACAAGCACAACUGGACGACGCCGACGAGGAGGGCGCCGUCCUCGCGCUGGCCGAGGGCUGCGCGGCGUUCCGCGCGGGCGUCGCGGCGGACGACGACGACGUCGAGCUGGUCGGCGUACAGACGCCGGCCGAGCGCGCCGCCGAGUCGCGGCGCCGCGCCGAGGCCGAGGGCAAAGUGCUCGAGAUCGACGACGACGUCGAGUUCCUCGGCACGCGCCAGGCCGAGCAGCGGCCGGUAAGGCGCCACCUCGCGGAACCACCACGACGAAAGUCGCCGCCGCCGCGCGACACGAUCCGGACCUUCGGCGGCAGCACCGCGAAGCCGACCGGAGGCCGGUGCGCCUGCGCGUCGUGCGCCGCGAUCGCGAAGUUCGCGGCCUACCCGGCCUGCAGCGUCUCGGCGCCGCCAGAACUAAUUAUUGAUGGCGAGACGUGGCGCGCGCGGCAGCACGUCAUGGACGCGCUGGACGCGCGCUACGGCGGGAUCCUGGUCUACGCCGUGCGGACGGAGAAGGAGAAGGCGCCGUGCGUCGUUAUUAAGAGAGGCGGCCGCGGGCGGUCGCCUCCGCCGGCGCCGGCGCCCGCGCCGCCUAAGCGCGCUCGGGCCCGUGGCCCGCCGCCGCCGCCGCGCGAGGCGACGCGGCGCGGCGGCUUCGCGAUCUCGGCGCGGUCGCGCACCGCGGCCGGCCUCGAGCCGCUCGUCGCCCUGGCGCCGACGCGACGCGGCGGCACUGGUGGGAGUACGGGCACGGUGUCGCGGGCGAAGCGGCCACGGAGACGGCCGUUGUAG